GGGUGGUGUUACAUUUGCCACAAAUCGACCUGUUUUGUUGCCAGUUUGGUACUCUUUUUAGUAUUUUCACUUCUAAAUUAUUGUCAAUAUUGACUCAGGCUAAGAAGAAAACCUAAAUACACAGAGCUCUCUCGCUUUAUUAGGCCCGAUUAGCUCCCUUACCUCCAAGCAUGGCGUCGAAGUCAUUUUCAGUAUUGGCAAUAUUCGCAGUUCUAUGCCUAGUGUAUCAGCUGCCCGCAGUAUGUUCAGAACCAGCGUCCGAAGCACCCGACUCCAAACCUAUUGAGCAGCCCGACGCAGCGAAAGAGCCAGCAGAAAAAACAACCAAGGAGCCCGAAUUCAGCAGUCCCGAAUAUGCCAAGAACUCCUUCUGCGGAUACUGCAAAUACUGCAAGUUCUGCGACCUGUGCGGGACGGACUGUCCGUGUGAAGACAAGCGGCGUGUAGGAUGUGAUAUGUGCAAGGUAGGUAGUGACUGUGAUAUGUGCAAGUACUGCAACUUCUGUGCUGCGUGCAAGCUCUGUGACACAUUCUGUCAGGCAGGUGGCAUCAUCGACAGAUUCUCCUCGCAUUUCUUCGAAAUGCUGGGCGGCGUUGAUCUUGAUAAAGUGGAUAAAGAACUCGCCGCCGAUCCCAAGAUCAAGGAAUACCUGUGAGCACUAUGGGUGACGGAUUAGCCCAGCGUCUAGGACCAGAAAGUCAAUGAAGAGAAUCUGACAGUUGGGAACUUCCAGCACACCACCUCCUCUUGCUGAUGAUAUACACAAGUUACAUCACAGAUUUGCCUGUAGACUAAUCGCAGGCGUUCAUUGUGUUUCACGAUAUGCAACCGCCGUACAGAAUGGUCAUACUUUUUUUAUGAGAUAGAUUGAAGCUUUGAGAUCUAUUGAACUGAGCUGGACUCUGGCGGCACUUGAACCCUGCUUCGCUUGGCGGUAACAAGUUAGCGUGGGCCAGUACAGCCACAUGUAUGUAGUAUAUUACUGGUAAUAUUAUUAUUGGUAACUGAUUUGAGGGCUGCUCCUUGCAGCUGAAACGUUUCCACCAUGCAAGAGCAAGCUGCAUCAGCCUUCUACACCGAUUCUAGCAGUACGCGUAUCUCUUUUUUCCCCUUUAGUUCCACUGAGGACAUGUAUUUUAGGUAUUAUUCACUUUUCUUACGCCAAUCGUAGUCACACCAGAAAACAACAAUUACUUUGCCAUCGAAACCAUUGA